UCAAGUCAUUUAGGAUAAUAGGAAUGUUUAGUAGUGUAUAGUAAUUGUAGAUCUACGGAUGUUGAAAAUGAUCAAAGACUAGUGUUUACAAAAAUUUUCCCUGAAAAUUGUCUAACCUUAUAUGGGCAUAUUACUACCGCGUGUGCUAGACUGCGUCGAAGAGAUUAUAUAACGUCGUAGAUUCAGUCGGUGUCUGUUAUUGCAAUCGCACGAGUCAGACCCACAAGUGCUACAAUGUCGGAGUUGACCAUCGAAGUGUCUCUGCUUGAAAAAAUAAUUCGGAAAUUUACGGAAGAAGCUACAGCUCGCGUGACAGCGGUUAAUUACAAAAAUGUUGGAGAAAAAGGAGAUAAUUACACUAGUGAAGUGAAACGUAUAUUCAUCAACUAUAUAACUCAAGGCAAUGCAGGUGACCUUGAGAAGGAAGUAUCACUUUUCCUGAAGCAUAUGCAUAACCAGAAUGAGCAGGCGAAAAUACUAUUGCAAGGGGUAUUUGAACAUGAGACAAAAAUAAUGAUGGGACCUCUGGAGGACAUGAGUCCAAUGCUCACAGUGGCACGUGUACCGCGUCUACUCUACUCUCAUCAAGACGAUCCCACCUUCGCGAUCAUGGAGGAUCUGGGGCCUCUUGGUUUUAUAAUGCACAGUCGCGCCACUGGUUUAGAUUUGGCACAUGCUUUAUUGGCAAUGCGAGGUCUUGCCGAGUUUCACGGAAGCUCCGUGCUCGUCUACGAGAAGACGCCUGAUUACAAGAAGACUUUAUCAUUAAAUAUGUUCGAAAAUCCCAACAAUGGAGCGUUCAAUUUUUUCAAUACGUCUUUCCAUUCUCUUGCCGACACCAUCGCCGAAUGGGAAGAACUUGGCCCCAAAUACGCAGAAAAAUUGAGAAAUCUCACUACUGGAAUAUUGGAGAAGAUGGAAAAGGUAUAUAAAUCGAGGGAGAAUGAGUUCACUGUCCUAAACCAUGGUGAUUGCACUCAAUUGAAUCUAUUAUUCGCAUACGAUGAGAAUAAAAAACCCAUCAAAAUUGCGCUGGUGGAUUUUCAAAUAGCGACGUAUAACAAUCCGGUUGUCGACUUACGAUCAUUGAUAUCAAGCAGUACGACUCAAGAAGUAUUUCAACACCAUCAGCAUACACUACUCCGGGAGUAUCACUCAGUAUUGUCUGAAACAAUGAAGACCUUGCAUUGCAAAACACCAACACCUUCGCUGGAAGAUAUCGAGAAGAUGUACGAUGACAGGGCUUUCAUCAGUGUACUCUCAACGUGUGCCAGCUAUCCAAUUAUCCACGCUGCACCAUCUAAUGUGGUUUCUCUUGAUGAUAUGCUAUUCGAUAAUACGAAUAGACGUAGGGGCCAGUACGAGCAGAAAGAUUUCAAAGACUUGUUGAUAACUCGUCUUCUCGACUUUGAUAAAUCCGGAUUGCUAGAUCAAUAAUGCAAAACCGCGAUAUUUCACUUCAAAUGGAGUCACAAAAAUUGUGUUACAUAAUCAUAUUAUAAUAGUAACUAUUGCAAUAAAGCAUUGAUGGUUCAAUUGA